GUCUAUGUUUUUUUAAUCUAGAAAAUCAAAGAAGAAACUGACUCACCAGAAGGAUGCAGAUAUCACCCCAUUUUAACAAAAUUGUGGAGUCGUUGAUGGUUGAAGGGAAAUUUGGUGUUUGCAAUGGGAUUACUCGAGUCAAUGACGUUAAAUCUGGGAGUAGCACAUUGCGGAAAAGUCCAAGUGGAGACAGAUUUAAAAUUUACAUUCCUUAUGCAGGUCAAACCAUAACAUGGGAGGUAAUUUUGGAUAAUUCCUGCCCAGAAGAGCCUCCAGACUUCAUAUUUGAAGACUCAGACUUUUGUCCAAAUGUAGCAGACAUCAAGAGCUUGGUGAACUGGGAUAUUGGUGACCCCCAUUGUUUGACAAAGGUCAUCAGAGAGCUUCUGGAGCAUUACAAAACCUUCCAUGAGAGAUUACUAGAGGCUCACUCCAGACUGCAAUUCGAGUAUUCUUCACUUCUUGAUCAGACUGAGCUAUCUCGAGAUCUAAUUGAAGUUUACUCAGAAAGGACAGAGAAGAAAAUUGGGCCAAUAAAUUUUCUGAUCAAACUACCGGUGGACUUUUCAGAUAUACCCCCAUACCUCACAAAAGAUAACCCUGGUGAGAAUUCGGCUGUUCUGUUGAUAUUGUUUCCUUCCCCAGACAGUUCCAGGGUGACGCCCCAGUUAUACCUGUCCCCACGGGUAGAACAUGCUUUUGGAGGCAGUGGUAACCUGAGGAUCCCAGCCUUUCCCAGUGGGGGUUGUCUCUUAGACUAUGUGCCUGACGUCUACAAGCUCCUACAGAACAAGGUUGAGAAGACGGUGCAAAUAUACGAGAGGAGGAAAGAAUUAAUGGCUGCCUUCUUGAGUCACUUUGGCAGGUCGGUGCUGGAAUUUGAUGCUGAUGGAUUCUUUGAUAUUUCAUUUCUGUUUGAGUGGAAUGAUUUUUUCUUCAUUUUAUACAUUGAACUUGCCCCAUCUUUUCCCCAAGAGGCUCCCGUGCUGACCUUUCAGUCUAUUUAUCACGAAUCAAAGGAGAAGCCGUACUCCGAGGUACACGAUAAAUACCCCUACAGCCCACGGUGGAGCGGACCAGAGAUGGCCACCAGAAUCAAGACCUACAUUCUGGACAAUAUCCAAGCCUUUCAGAAACAGUCAGUGAUGAGUGGAUCCCUCUAACAGUGGCCGAGACCAAAUAUACAGGAUAACUGGCCAAAUAUGCAAGAUCGUAGCAGAAUCUUUCAGCAGUUUGUGGCAAUAUUAAAGCAGUGCCAGAGUCCAAAUUGACAUAGAUUGUUUAAAUUUUAGUUACUUUGUUAUAUUAUGUUUAUAUAUGUGAAUAAAACAUUUCAGUUUU